GGAACUAUAGCACGUGUUAGAGUCAACUGGGUUUUCUCUCGUUAUUUGUGUUCAGUCAGCAACACUGACAAGUUGACUGCUUUGAAAGUAAAGAUGAGGUUUAACAGAGCAAAUAGAGUUCUUUUAGUCCUGUUUGGAACAGUAACACUGGUCCUGGCAAAAGAAGGUACGUAUCAAAUUAAAGCUACCUCGCGUUAGUCUUAUUCAGAGCUAAUCUGGGCCCUGGCUGGUACCCGUUGGUCUUUUUACGGAGUUCUUCUUUUGUAUCAGGGGCCAUUAUACUCUUGUCCUUCAAUGAAUCUUUAUACAUUAGUCAAAGUAUUUCCAUCUUAUUCUAGUCAGAGUGACGGUUUCUUAUGGAAUCAGACUUUGAAGAAAUCCUCUUCAAAGUUGACAGAAGUUCACUGAAGUGACAUGCGCACGGAGAAUGUCUCAAGGCGGAACUUUUCGUUUUACUAAGGGACUGUCACGGCAGCCAGUCAAGCUAUUUUGUUUAGCAUAGUUUUGCCACUUACGAGCUAUGAAAAGGAAAGUAAACUAAGGACAGUUACUCCUUAAAUGACAAAAUAAUAGCUAUAUAAUAAAUUAAAUACGUGUCUCUAUAAUUCAAACUAUGGCAAACUGACAGGUGAAGAGCUAAGAUACGAGAAUUAAAAGGUCGUUUUGUAAUGCUUAGUAUAAAGUGUUUUAAUUGAAGGUUAGCGCUUUUAACCUCUUGAUUACUUCUCGCCCAAGCUCCGUGUUCAACUGAACUCGUCGAAUGCACAUUAAGUCAAUCCUAGAUGGACUGUAAAAACUUAACAAGCGAUUUCAGUGAUUAUGAAAAAGAAAAACAGCGAUAAAUAUUUUCGUCCGUGAUUGCAGUUGUGCGACCUUACUUACCAUUAGUAGCGUAAAGUGUCCACCGCUCCCUCGCCCCAACCCCCCAACGUGAGAGACUGUCGUCCAUUUCUAGGUUGGAGCGAGUGGACUAGUAACUGACACUUCACUUGGUAACUGACACUUGGCUAAGCAUAAGUCUCUCGUGGCUCAGUAGUUUCUAGACAGCGGCUGCGAGAUCAUGAACUAAAGUCCCCUUGGAAGUGGUUCGGUUCGAAUAGGGAGCUUAAGCAACCAUUACGGCAACGGCAGUAAAAGCGUCACUUAAUUAAAAAUGGAGCUUGCGCUGUUUCAAACUUCAUCGCUUCUGAUUCCAUUUCGUUUAAAUGGUCAAAUUUUGACGAAUUUUUCUGAAGUUGAAUUCUAAAACAUUGUAUCUGAGUUCAUGAAAAGUAAAAUCGUUGUCUUAUGUUCACGUCCUAUUAAAGUUUCACGUCGACUUAAUCGUGUUAGGGCAAAAAAGUAAUGUACAAGGAAGGGUGAUGAAAGAACAAAGUUGUUGUCUUGCUAAAUUAAAAGUAUUGUUUUUUCCCUUCUUUUUGAGAUCGCAGUCAUCGUUCUCCCACCACGUCAAAGUUUAUAGCUUUAUGUUUACGCACACGAUUUCCACUCAGGUGGUUUGUGUAAAUGGUAUGCACACCUCAGGGGUUCUCUUCUUCCCUUCACCUGUGGGGGAGCCCUGUACUGUGACGAGAGAUACGGGAAGAAGUGAGACCUUGGGAAUGAGUUGUUUGGGAACCAAAAUAUCGGGGCAAAUACACCUUAGCACUUGAUAUUUGUGUAUGUUUUUUCUCUCAGUCGUCUUGCAUUAAGGAUCAGUUUACUGUUUUUCUUUUAGUAUUUAAAAAAACAUAUUCUGCCUACACAGUAGCAUGAUUUCCCGUGUGAGCAUGGCGCAAAAGUUAGCGCGAGUCUGAAUACUCCUGGUUAAACCUUACUUUUGUUUUUUGCUCUCGCUCCGUAAAGGAGCCCUACCUUAAAGGGUUGCAAACAAAGACAGUUCUUUAAAUACCAUCUUAGUCUCCUAGUCGUGUGUAUGGGCCUGUACUGAGUGAUUCUCUGCCCCUGUUUAUUAUUUUUUCAUUUUUUACCUUUGCUGUUUUAGAGAAAAAGUCGAAACCACGUGACAGCAAUCGCUCACUGAUCACCGAACUUAUGCACGCCGAGGCCUCAGGCUCGGGGACUGGGGCAGAGUCAACGUCUGCUGCCGCCGCGGUACUACUAGAAAAGGUCCCGAAAUUUAAAUCGAAAGUUGAUGAAAUUAAAUGGAAGUUAAACAAGGCUCGAAAGAAACUGAAAAUUGCCAAACAGUACGUUGCACUGGCGGAUAAGGUUGCUACGUUAAGAAAGAAAGGAAAAGGUGGAAAUAGGAUGGUCAAGGAUGUUAUUCGCAAAGCGGAAAUCGCCUUAGUACAUGCUGGUGAACACAUGGGACUUGAUUACGUGCACUUCAAGAAAUAG